CUUGUGAAGCCUGGCUACAACCGGUUCGACAUUUAACAAAACAGGUAGUGCGCUAGAUAAACUUUAUUGCGCGACAGUUCUAUAAACAAAGAACGUAGGUAAAUGAUUUUUCUGGCUUGAGGGAAAACGUAAUGGCUCCACCGCCUAAAAACCAGAUCGUUCUGACUGACCCCUCCCAGCUUCACCGACCUGAGGAACAAUAUCAAGAGUUCAACAAGAAGAAAAAGGAGAUAUCAAGAAAAGACAAGUCAAAGGAGGAAUUUCGUAACUACAACAUUAACCUGCAGACGGAUGUUGUUCGGGAAACAUACAAACUAAUGCAUAAAUAUCAGACAGUAGAAUUUGUACAACAGAAGAUCAAGAAAUGGGGUUCCCUUUCAAAAACAGAGAUGACAGUGAUGGAGGCGGUCUUCAUGCUAGAUGCACUUGUUGAUGAGAGUGACCCGGACACAGACCUUCCCAACUCAGCCCAUGCAUUCCAGACUGCUGAGCGUAUCCGAGCGGACCACCCUGACAAGGACUGGUUUCAGCUGGUUGGGCUACUGCACGACAUGGGCAAAGUGUUGGCCCUCUGGGGGGAUCCCCAGUGGUGUGUGGUUGGGGACACGUUUCCUGUUGGAUGUCAGUUUUCCAACAAAAAUGUGUUCCCUGAAACAUUUGAAGACAACCCUGACACUAAAGUUCCUGAGUACAGCUCCAAGCUGGGGAUGUACCAAGAAAAUUGUGGCUUGGAAAACAUUUACAUGUCAUGGGGGCAUGACGAAUACAUGUACCGUGUGCUGAAAGGAAAUCAAUGCAAGAUCCCAAAAGAGGGCCUUUAUAUGGUGAAGUUUCAUUCAUUCUACCCAUGGCACUGUGCUGGUGACUAUAAUUACCUUUGCAAUCAGGAAGACAUGGAAAUGCUACCUUGGAUACGAGAAUUCAACAAAUAUGACCUGUAUUCCAAAUCGGAUGAUGUUCCGGACAUUGAUGAUCUGGUCCCAUACUACGAGCAUCUAAUCAGCAAAUACUGCCCUGGGAAACUUCGUUGGUGAUCCUCAAAACAGACAAUCUAUAGAAAGGGCUCUAUAAGUAUGUGCUGGGAAAGGACCUCUUAAAAUGCCUUGCUUUCUAGCAGCUGGUACUAAGUGAACUUGGAUAUACCAAACUAAAUGGAUAAUGACAGAGACCAGAUAGGUACAAAUAAUAUCAUGACCAGUAGACAUGUCAUGUACACAAAAUAUGGAUAUGACACUCAAACACUGCAAACACGCUUUUACUUUUUUAUUUUUUUUAAAAAAGAAAGAAAACAAUAGAAAAAAGAUAAAGGCGAAAUAAAAGAAGAAAAAUAUUUUUUUCCCCUCUAUUUAAAAAACGAAGAAUUGUAAAUAACGACAAGUAAAAGUAAAUUGUGUUAUUUAGA